UUUCCAGGUGAAGUGAAACUGAAAAACUAAAAGCAAUCCGACGAGUCGCAGUUGAGUGCGACAGCAGGACGGUUCAUUACCACAAGAGUAGCAUGAUGACCGAAAUUGAUCUAAAUGAUGCUGAUGCCAAAAAGAAAUUCAAGUAUCCGGUGUCGGUGUUUUUCAUCAUCGUCAACGAGUUUUGCGAGCGAUUCAGUUACUAUGGCAUGAAAACUGUGCUUGGCCUAUAUUUCCGUGAUAUCUUGUUGUACGAUGAAAGCGAGUCGACUGUCUACUAUCAUCUUUUCUCUAUGCUCUGCUAUUUCACUCCCGUUUUUGGAGCUAUUCUGGCAGACACAUACCUCGGGAAAUUCAAGACGAUUCUCUAUCUUUCAAUUCUCUAUGCCUGCGGUAACAUCAUGCUAAGCGUGGCCUCCAUACCAAACACGCUGCCACAAAAAGAAUUUUCUCUUUUGGGAUUGUUCAUCAUCGGUGUGGGCACGGGCGGCAUCAAGCCCUGCGUGUCGGCCUUUGGUGGCGAGCAAUUCGUCCGGCCUCAGCAAGACAAGCAGCUCGAGCAAUUCUUUUCGUAUUUCUACAUUUCAAUCAAUGCCGGAUCACUUCUCUCCACUUUACUGACACCCAUUCUCCGAGAGGAUAUCCAAUGCUUCGGACAGAGUUCUUGCUUCCCUUUGGCAUUUGGCGUUCCGGCCAUAUUGAUGAUCGUCGCAAUCGUUGUUUUCUUUUUCGGCAAGUGGAACUACAAGAUGCGCCCUACGGAAGGAAAUAUCAUGGUCGACGUAUCAAAAUGCAUUGCCCACGCAAUCGGGAGAAAGUUCAGGAGCACGGACGAAAAACACGACCACUGGCUGUAUUUCGCUUCCGAUAAAUUCGACAUGGAAUUAAUUAAGGACAUCAAACAAGUUCUGCACGUUUUAGUCCUCUAUCUACCCAUUCCCGUUUUCUGGGCUCUCUACGACCAGCAGGGAUCUCGAUGGCUAUUUCAAGCGACCAGAAUGGAUGGCAGUUUAGGCUUCAUGUCCGUCAAACCUGAUCAAAUCGGAAUCGUCAAUCCUUUGCUGAUCAUAGCCAUUACGCCUCUGUUCAACAGUUUGAUUUAUCCCUGCUUCAAGAAAUGCGGGUUGUUGACACCGCUCCAACGAAUCGGAACAGGUGGUCUGCUCAUUGGAAUAUCUUUCGUUAUCUCCGGAAUUGUCGAGCUCAACUUGGAGACAACGUAUCCUCGUAUUCCAGCACCAGGGUUGACCCAGCUGAACUUUAUCAACACUUUGCCGUGUCCGGUAAACAUUUCCUACGCUCACGGAAACCAUCCGGACAAAUGGUUGGAUGUGGGUGCCAAGAGUUUUUCUUUUGAGCGAGAUCUCAUGGAUGGACCCAUCCGAGUCAAAGCCAAUUUGUUGAGUCCUCGUUGUCAAGAUGUUACCUUCUCGAAUGCGGAAUGGACUGGAACGAUUGAAGGUGUUAGCACAAAGGCCUUUUCUGUCGUCGUUACCGUUCGCAAUGGCAAACUGGAAGUCGCUCGGAUGAAGACGGAAGAGCCUUUGGACAAGGCCAAUUCCGGCCAUCCUCGUGUUGGGUUUAUCUUUAAUUUGAACAACGACUCGUACGAUCAAGGCAACAUCACAUUAAAGUCGAGUUCUAAGAUAUUCCAUUUGCCGUUUGUUGCCUCCAAUUUUUCUUCGACCCUUGAUCGACUGGUGAGCACGGACACCAUAGAAGUAGACGUUGGCACAUAUAAAGUGUUUAUACCACGCAAGGACGGCGGAGUCAACACCGACGAUGAAGCUGGAUCCAUUACCGUUCUACAAGGAGGCUGUUACACCAUUGUCGUCCAGCGGUCGCUGAAUCCGUUGUCAGGCGAAAAUGAAGACGGCCUCGUGAUGCCGAUUGAAGUGACUCCGUACAACUCUAUCCACAUGAUGUGGCUCUUACCUCAGUAUUUCAUCAUCACUGCUGGAGAGGUCAUGUUCUCAGUCACGGGAUUGCAGUUUUCUUUCACUCAGGCUCCCGAGAGAAUGCAGUCAGUGAUGCAAGCCGCUUGGCUGUUGAAUGUCGCAUUUGGUAAUCUCAUUGUGACGGUUGUAGCCAAAGCCAAAUUAAUUCCCAGACAGUCAAUGGAAUUCUUCCUUUUCGCCGGUCUUAUCGCGCUGGAUAUCAUCCUGUUUGUGAUCCUCGCUCUCCGUUACACGUACGUCGAAGAUGAAAAAGAAAAAUCCGAAAGCAUGAAAAGGCUGCGCUCUUCUACGGUGAAAGAAGGAACCGAUAAUAAGGCAUUUACUUCCGAGACGGCGAUAUAGGAGCUAUCAAUUGUUACGACACGUUCGUGCAUUGAACGAAGAGAAUAUUAUCAACAAUCUGGACUUCGUUUUACCUUUUUUGGUGGCUAUUACUACGUCAAAUCAAAUAUUCCAAUUUGGCUAGAAAUUGUAUUUUCAAAACUUGUGAUCCAUCGUCAUGCAGUAUAGUUUUAUAUGUACACUGUAAGAAUACGAUAUUCACUUAUUCAGUCGGGAAAGAAGUAUAGCAAUAAGCUGAAUGAACAAAUAUACAUACAAUAAAUCUUUAAAAAAAAAAAAAA